AGCCGGGUAUCCAACACCAGUGCGCAAAUCUUUCAAAUGUUCAAAAUGCGGUGAAAGCUAUGAAGACGGAAACCAAUUUUGCGACAAAUGUGAUCUCAAAGAGACAAUAGCCAACUUUUCAAAAUGGACUAGUGGCAACGAUCAGAUUGACGAAUUCAUUCAAACGACACAACGGACCGAAAAAUAUGACAGAUAUCUUGAGUUCAUUCCUUCAAAACGCUUUACUAAGAUAACUCCUUUAUCGAUUAAUGGUUUCGGCAAAACUUACUUUGCUUAUUGGCCAGAUGGACGCCGUUGGAUACAACCUUCAUCUAACUCUUUGAAUCUCGUGGACCUAGAAGUUCUCAGUAGACCUAAACUCGUUUAUUCUGUGAAAACACGCAUACAAAAUUCUGAGGUAACUCUUAAAAGCAUCGGAAGAAACAUCUCUGAAACUUUUCUCAACAAGGUUAAACUUUUCCGUGAGAUUUUUAAAAAAGAUAACUCAUCUCGAGCUUGUCCUUUUUACGGAUUUACUAAAAACCCUAUUAGCGGGGAAUAUUUUCUUGUCACACAAUUUUCCAGAAAUGGAAGUCUUAGAACACAACUUUCGAUGGGAAAACCAACUCCGUGGUCACUUAGAAUUUCAGUUCUCCACCAAGCUGCUCUUUAUCUAAAUUUGCUCCAUAAGUCUCCUUUGGUACACGGCAACCUCCAUCCUGGAAAUAUUCUUAUUGAUGACUUGUUCACUUAUAUCGAUGACCCUGCUUCGUUGAUACCAUCAGAGACUGGGACAUUAUUUGGCGUUUGGCAAUAUGUGGCACCUGAAAUUCUUCAAGGAUCACCAAAGAGUAAGGAAAGUGACAUUUACGCAUUCGGGAUUGUAAUGUGGGAACUGGCUAUGUGGAAAAUGCCCUUCGCUGAAUAUGCUAAAGAGUAUAAUAUAAACAUCGGCCGAAAAAUUAUUGAUGGGUGGCGUCCCCCGAUUGAUUAUAUCAUCCCAAAGCGUUACUCCCGACUUAUGCAGAAGUGUUGGUAUACCAAUCCUGAGAAAAGACCAAGUGCUAAACAAUUAGUAGAUGAAGUAGGUUCUUGGGACUUCACGCUUUUUACUCCUGGGGGAGGGCCAAAAGAUAAUGAUGCUUACGAGGAAUUUAAAAAGGCAGAUGAAGAUUUGAAGUUGUUUCGGCAUACUCCAUUCGCGGGAUAUACUAAUGGAGAAAUAGUUUUCACUAGUCAAUUAAUACCAUACAUAUCAACAGAAGAGUAA